UUAAAAACACGCAUGUGUGCGGGGAUAAAUUAGAAUGAACGAAACGUGUUUCUUAUACAUCGCGUUGCCGGUUUAAGGCGAAUUCAGAGACGCCAAAGCGGAACCUUUACGCUGUUCGCGUGUUAGACGGUCGGUUUUGUGUGAAGGAACCGUGUGUUCCCCCAGCUGAUCCAUCUCGACAAAAAAGAAGAUCAUGAGCAAAGACUCCCAGAUGAGGGCUGCAAUAAACCAAAAGCUGAUAGAAAUGGGGGAACGGGAGCGGUUGAAGGAGUUGCUCAGGGCGAAGCUGGUGGAGUGCGGAUGGAAGGAUCAGCUCAAAGCACAAUGCAAAGAUGUGAUCAAAGAAAAGGGUCUGGAGCACGUCACAGUGGAGGACCUUGUCACAGAAGUCACACCAAAAGGCAGAGCACUCGUGCCGGACAGCGUGAAGAAGGAGCUCCUGCAGAGAAUCCGAGCUUUUCUUGCUCAACACGCAACCUUGUGAAUGGGACGUGUCACCGUCUAGACACCUUUUUACUCACAAUUCAAAUCCAAAACUUGUGUUUGUUUUCAUUGUGAGUGAUGCUCAAGUGUUAUCAUUUUUUUAUCUUGUAUUGUGUGUUUUCAUAUGGAUUUUAGUUUGUCAUGCAGCAGUUUUUUGGGGGGGGGGAAUAAAGUAAUGCCUAUUUUUGGUCAAUCAGA